UCUUGAACGCAGCUAUAUUUUCAGGGCUAUUUCAUUACAAGAUGGUGUGUUAACCAUCGUUUGGAAGAAAAAAAUUGUACAUGAGGUAAUUUUCAAAGGAAUGGAUAUUGUUUGUCUCAAGCUAAGAAGUGUUGACGGGAAAACAGGAUAAAGAAAUAUGGGAGUUGUUUCACAAGAUUUUAUGGCUUCAUUCAGUCGCACUUCCCGGUCACUGACCCUUGGAAUAUUAGUUAUAUUUUACUUAAUCCACUGUCUCCAUGCCCAGCAACCCCAACAGGCACAGAAGCCUCACAUCAUUAUGAUUGUAGCCGAUGAUUUAGGCUGGGAUGACGUCAGUUUUCACGGCUCGCCACAGAUCCCCACGCCCACACUUGAUGGCUUGGCAAAUUCCGGG